CCAAAGAGUCAAGAGCUCAAGAGAAAGAAGUCAGCUGGUCUAUUUAAAUGAAGCUUACCAGUUAACUGUGAAGGCUUGAUCAAUUUCUCUCUUUUCUUCGAUCUUUUACAAUUCCAUGUCCAAACUUCUACAGUAACAUACAUAGUCUUCUUCUUCUUUUUCUUCUGAUCACUUUCGGUUAUUCUAUUUCUGAUAAUCCUACCUCCUUACACAUACUUUUCGAACACCUAUCAAAUCGAAAUGGUUAAUGAGUUUAACAACCAUCAAUCAAACCACAACGACUCUCAGACUCAACCAAUGUCCUUCUCUUCUUCUGCACCAAUCUUUUUGAGAAGCAUGGAACCUAUCACUCGUCCUUCGAUCCUUUUGAAGUCUCAUUCUACUUUCAACUGCUCUGACAACUCUAGAGAAAAGAAGACCCAAUGUAAAUUUGAUCAACUCACUUGCGCUUUCAAAAAGGUUUUGGUGAGCUUUAGACCAUGUGAGCAUCGUCUAAAUGGAACUGGUUUAUUGUAUCCUAAACCGAAUGAUGGACAAACUAGUUAUUCGAAAUCUAAAUUUAAAACAAAUCAAAAAAGAAGUUUAGGUGAAGAUAAAAAACUUGGUGAAAGAAAAUCAGAAACUUAUUUAAAACAACCUAAUCUACCUUCAAUCAAAUUCGCACCUCUACCAAAAAUCAAUAACCGUCGUAAGAAAUCUAACACUAUAAGCAUGGGUGUUUCAGCAAGAUCUCAAUUAAUUCAACAAAUGAAAAAACAAGAACAAGAUCUUAUCUCUAAACGAUGUUCCUUACCAAUUCAAGAACCAAUCCAAUGGACAAAUCCAUCUCAAUGUAUCAAAUCAGAAAAAGAUGUUGUGACUGGAUCAGAAAACAAAGUUAGAAGAAGGCAAAAAAAUCAAGAGAGUUCAUUAAAAGACUCUUCUACACAUCAGAACAAGCGAAAAUCAUUAAAAAGUAAUGAUUGUAAAGAAGGGUCUUGAAGUAGGAGAGAGAUAUUAGAUGGAUUCAGUCUUAAAACAGUUUCGUCUUUUCUUUGUAUGUUUUUUGGGUUAACUUGGUAUCAUAUGUAUUGUUUGGGGUCCAAUGUUUGUGUUAAUCAUUGUAACAUCAUCAGAGCUAUCUGGGUCUUUGUUCCAUGUAAAAUAUGAUGUUCUUUUAGUGUUCAGAAACUCGAAAGAUGCAAUAAUCUUUAAAUUUUGG